UUAAGUAAGUUCAGUAUCAACGCAUGGGAGUGAAACUUAAAGUAAAACUCAAGAUGAGUCUAGCCUGAACGUUUCGUGCGGUCUUUGUUCUGUAAACGUUUGUUUUAAAUGGCCACAUCAAUGAGCGAGAACCCCAUUUUGUCCAAUGCAAAGUCCUCCAAUAGUGAGAAUAUGGAUUCAGUGGCUUGCAGAGGUGAACGGACCUCUGUUAGGCCUAGACGCGCACUGGAAACCUUAUCAAAACUUGCUCAAUUGAUCACUGGCUUUAAGCACAGAGCAAAACCCUUCAAGAGAUCUUCCUUCAUCUGCAAAGACUGCAGCCAGACAUUCUCCGACCUGAGCGGCCUUGUCAGUCACCAAAAAAGAGAUCAUGCACUCCAAAAGCUCCAUCGCUGUCAACACUGUGACCAAAGGUUUACUUUACUCUCUAGUUUGCAGUUACACAAAUGCCCUAGUGCUUCCUCCAUGUGCCAGGAGUGCAGAGGGAAACCUCAGUGGAGUUCACCAUGCCAGACCUGCGGGACAGAGCCAUCGGGUCCACAUGGCAAUGAAGAGCAAGACUUUAAUUAUGAUAACAGUCCCUAUGCAUGCAUGCCAUGUGGCCUGACAUUCAGCCACAAACAGGAGUUCCUGUACCACCAGCAGGCCAGAGGGUGUCAGCCCAGCCCCCUCAUCCCAAAAGCCCUCACUAUUUCUCCUCCAGAUGCAGCACCAACACCUUCCCACGCCUCCUCGCCUCCAUCACCAGCCUGCACCAGCUCGUCUCUUUCCGCAUGCACUUUGUGUCCCAGAACAUUCAAAUCUCCUGCAGGUCUUUCCAACCACCUGCGCAAUUUCCAUUCACCGAAAAAGUUGAAGAAGAAAGAUCUCCCCUCAGAUACAACGUUUCCAUGCCGUUCCUGUGACAAGGACUUCCCCCAAACGUCACUACUGUACCUGCACAGGAAAAAGGAACACCGGCGGGAGACCAUGGUGAGGAAAUCGCAGAGGAACGUUGUGAAAGCCACCAGAGGAAGGCAUAAAAGUGAGACGUUUCUAUGCCUCCAUUGCGGAAAAGUCUUCCUGCACCAUUUGACGCUCUUGGAGCAUUUCCAGCAAUAUAGCAAUCACCAUCAGGCCCACCUUGCCCUCAGCGCCAAAUCGACUAAAGCUUCCAGACCUGGCAAACAUGGCAUCUCAAAUGCAGCUAAAGGUUUCAAACCUUCCAAGGAGUCCAAAUCCCCCAAAGAAGGUAAAUGUCGAGGAAGAGGCAGACCAAGGACAAAAAGUCAGCCAGUUUUGAAGGAUAGCAAGGAGGAGGAAACUGAUAAGGUUACUGGUAAUGAUGAAGAUAGCAGGUACCCUUGUGCAUCAUGUGAAGAGGUUUUUAGAACCCAAGCUACUCUAAAAUCCCAUGAAAGCAUUCAUCCAGCAGUCGACACAUGCAAGCGCUGUAGUGUGUGUACAUGUGGGAUACCUCUCUCUCAGAUUCCAGAAGAAAAGAAUGUUUAUCACUGUGUCCCAUGUGCGGAGGCUUUUUUGGCUCUGGACACUUUUCUAGAGCACUGCCAGAAACAUCUGCUACGUGACAAAAAAUACCAUGAAGAUGAGUAAGAGAUUGUCCACCUUGUUAGGGCAUGAAAAUCAGACCAUACAGGUGCUACAUCAGGAACAUCAGAUUUCUCAGGCAUAUUUUGCUUUGUAUGACUGUGCUUUUAUUUUGAUGCAGGUUCUUAAGAGGGAAAACCACUUCAGCUGAACACAUAAUUUGGAUUAAUGUUUUUACAAAAGCAAAUGGCAAACAGCGAAACUGAUUUUUAUUUUGUAUUACUUAUUUUUGGCCAAUGGCUUCCUGAAACAUGAUACCAGAAAAAUUUAAUGUGCUUGUUGCUGUCAAGUUGGGGGAUAUAAUAUCUGUAGAUCUGCAAGAUUUGGCAGAUGAAAUAUUUCAGUUGUGUUAUUCCGAAGGGGAUAUUUCACCCAAAAAUAAAAAUUCUGUAAAAUAAUUUAAUAACUUUUGUGUUGUUCUAAACCUGUAUGACAUUCUUCCUUGAAACACUUAAGAUGUUUGGCACUAUGUGUCUCAGUCAUCAUUUAUUUGAAUUGCAUAGGUUUUUUCAUACAAUGAAAGCGAAUGGUGACUAAAGGCCUGGGUAUACUUCUUUUUUCCGCGUUUCGAAACGCAAACGGUCAACCGUGUUGCUCUUCAAAGAAUAUAGAAUGCAAAUGCGUUUGCAUGUGCAGUACCACUGCCUUGUGAUAUUCUUUUAGUACAAUAAACGGCAGGAACAUGCGCCGACACUGUGCGAAUUCUGAUUAGCAACGCAGACAACCGAAGUAUACUUUGAAAAUCUGUCAAAAGUACAAUAUAUUAAAGGAAUAAUUCACACCAAAAUGAAAAUAAUCUCAUUAGUCAUCUACUCUGCUACCAUCCCAGAUGUGUAUGACUUUCUUUAUUCAGCAGAACACGAAUUAAGAUUUUUUGAAAAAUGUUGAAACCCUGUAGGUCCUUAUAAAAUAAGUAAACUGGUUCCAUUAGGCUACUGGCGAUACAGCGCUGGGUGGAAGCAACAGUUUAAAGUUUAAAUUAUCAAUUUGUUUCUUAUUAAGAUUCAAAUUUAUUGUCAUUGUGCAGAGUACAGGUACAGAGCCAAUGAAAUGCAGUUCAACUAAGCUGGGUCAGCCAUGAAACAGCGCCCCUGGAGCAGAUAGGGUCAAGGGCCUUGCUCAAGGGCCCAGCAGUGGUAUCUUGACAUUGCAGGGGCUUGAACCCAGAGCCUUAACCGCUGAGCCACCACUGGCCCAACCUAUCAAUUUGCUUCAGAAGACAUUAAUUGAUUGUCAAUGAGUCGUGUGGAUUACUUUUAUGCUGCCUUUUGGACCGUUAAAUUGCCAGCAGCCUGGUAUAUAUACAGAGCUGAAAUAUUUUUCUAAACAUCUUCGUUUGUGUUCGCUGAAGAGAGAAAGUCCUAAACAUCUGGGAUGGCAUCAGGGUAAGUGAAUAAUGAGAGAAUUUUCAUUUUUGGGUGAACUAUCCCUUUAAGUUCUAGAGGUAUUAGCCUAAUGAUAUGAUAUGUGAUUUUAUUUUAUGCUAUCAGACCAAAUAUAUUACAAAUAAGAUUUAGUAUCUUCUUAAUUUGAUUGCAGGUUAGAUAAAUUAAAAAUGAUUUGUGCACAUCUUAUGACCCUUGAUUUAGUAAAUCAAUCACUAGGCGGACUUUGUUUAAAUGCUCUAGAAAACCAGAAGCAUUUUCUCAUGUUCAGAAAUGACUGAUCUUCAAGGAAUAUACAUCAAAUCAUUCAGGUGACUCAAAGCAGAACUAGCAACAAAUAUUUAAUUUUAUAA